AUGCCACCAAAAAGAAAAAUAACCCAAAGUGACGAAGGAGAUAAUACUUCAACCACUGCCAAAAAUUUUUUUGAUGGUAUUAUAUUUUCAUUUUCAGGCACAUUCUCAGUUACACAAAGUGAAUUAAUUAAAAAAGUUGAAAACCAUGGUUCAUCUACUGCUAAAGGUGUUACAUUAAAGGUUACUCAUUUAGUUUCAACAGCUGAGGAUUUCAAGAAGAAUAGUGCAUCAGUUCAAAAAGCCAAAAAACAAGGAAUCUUUAUUGUUAGCGAACAAUUUAUUCACAAAUGUAUUGAAGCUUCAAAAAAAUUAGACGAAAAAGAUUUUAUUAUUUCAGAUAGUGAUGAUGCAGAAGAUGAAGAAGAAGAAGAAGAGGAGGAAAAGGUUGCACCACCACCAAAGAGAGGUUCAAAGAAAGCUGCUGCUAAAAGAGGUAAAGAGCCAGAGCCAGAAUCUGAAGAGUCUGAAGAAGAUACCAAUAAACUUACAACUCGUUCAAAAAAGAAAACAAAAAAUGUUGAUGAAUCAAAAUCUGAAAAAUCAAAUACCACAGAAGAGUUCUCAUCCGAUAUUGAGGAUUCAGAUGACGAUAGCAAUAAAGUAACCGUUAAAGUCCAUGGUAGAGCUGCUGUUGAUAUGCACUUCCCAGAUAAAAAUUAUCAUGUAUAUGAUGAUGGUAAAGAUGUAUAUGACGCAACACUCAAUCAAACUGAAAUUGCUCAAAAUAACAACAAAUUCUAUAUUAUUCAAAUUUUAGAGUCAGAUAAUGGUCAAAACUAUACCGUUUGGAAUCGUUGGGGUAGAGAAGGUCUCAAGGGUAUAGGAAAGAGAUUCGACUAUUCAAAAGCAAAUCUCCACGCUGCAAUUAGUUUAUUUAACGAGAAAUUCUUUGAAAAAACCAAAAAUCCAUUCAAUAACAGAAAGAAUUUCAGGAAAGUAGCUGGCAAGUACGAUUUAAUUGAAUUAGAUUACAGUAUCGAUGAUAAGAGUGAACAAACUAAGAGCAAACCAAAAGCAGCCACCCACAAAAAAGAAUGCACAUUAGACGAAAGAGUUCAAGAUUUAAUUAAAUUAAUUUUCGAUGUAAAGAUGAUGAAAAGAACAAUGGCCGAAGCUAAGGUCGAUCUCAAAAAGAUGCCACUUGGUAAAUUAUCAAAAACUCAAAUCACUAAAGGCUAUAUGGUAUUAAAAGAAAUUGAAGAGGUUCUCUUGGGUAAAAGCAAAGAUAAUUUAGUUAGUCUUUCAUCAAAAUUCUAUACUGCCAUCCCACAUGUAUCCGAUAAUGUUAUGCAACCACCACCAACUAUUAAUUCCCACCAAAUGCUCCUUGCAAAAAUGACUAUGCUUCAAAAUCUUGCUGAUAUUGAAAUUGCUACAACACUUAUCAAAGAAGCCGAAAGUGAUGAUUCAAAUAUUUUAGAGUCACAUUACAAGAAUCUUAAGACUGAAAUUAUUCCAUUAGAUAGACAUACUACCGAGUUUAAAGAUAUCGAAACCUAUGUUAUUAACACUUAUAAAGGAAAAACCCCAGAGAUUAUUAAUGUUUUCAAGAUUGACCGUGAAGGCGAGGCUGAUCGUUUCAAGAAAUCUCUUCACCUUGGUAAUAGAAAACUCUUAUGGCAUGGUUCUCGUUUAACUAAUUUCGUUGGUAUUAUUUCUCAAGGUUUAAGAAUUGCACCACCAGAGGCUCCAGUUAGUGGUUAUCGUUUUGGUAAAGGUAUUUAUUUUGCAGAUAUUAUGUCAUUAUCAGCCAACUAUUGCCGUACUAGCGGUUCAAAUGAUUUUUGUAUGUUACUUGGUGAUGUUACCCUUGGUAAAACUGCUGAUUUAUAUAGAGAUCAAUAUAUGGAAAAACCAAUCAAUGGAACAAACUCAACUCUUGCUUUGGGUUCAAUCGAACCAGAUCCAAAGAAUGUACACUCUCACACAGAUGGUUAUACUAUUCCAUAUGGUAAAAUUGUCGACUCUCCAUAUAAAAACAAACAAGUUUCAUGUUUGGAACAUCAAUAUAUUGUAUAUUCUGUAGAUCAAGUUCAAUUAAAAUAUCUUUUACAAUUAAAAUAUUAA